AUGUCGAUAUAUGGUACGAUCUACGAGGUGCCCGAGGGGUCCGUGAAGCAUCUGGCAUAUGAAGCGUCUCCUUGCAGGAUCUCGCUGCUGGCGGUGGCAUUCUCCGCGGUGUCUCUGACAGUGCUGUUCGUGCUUUGCUGUCGCAGGCCUCGGAAGACACUCGUCGUCAGACUAUUACCAGAAGCCAUUCCCAAUGCAGCACUGAAAACUUCUCAAGACGAACGGGGAAUCAUUCACCCAGACGUGAUGUUCUUCGCUCCUGACGGUUCCACCUGUGCAGCGGUGUCAACGGCGGUACCAGGCUCAACCGCCAACGUCAAAGCCUUCGAGACUUUCGCCGGAGACCAUGGACAUCGCGUUUCCACACCCAUCCGACCGCUGCACCCGGCGUACCAGCCCACGCAGCCCGUCAAUGUUCACGCCGCCCACCACGCCGUGCUCAGGCGCGACUCGUCCACGGAGCUAACUCUACCUCCUGGUUACAUUUCACAGCGUAAUGCCAAGAUGGCAUCAGUGUCUUGACGUGUGUGUCUCCGGACACGUCUAACUAUAGAGACCGUGUGAAACCCAUGGUUAUGCAAGGACACCAUGGAGGGAAUAAGUGAUGUAGGGGACUCACCAGGGGACACACAGGGACCAACAGACCCCGUCUGCGUCAGUUCUGUGCACUAAGAUAAAAUGAGGAAUGCACGAUACAAUUUCAAACGCGUUCAACUUCAUCUGUAUAGAAUGACUACGUUGCAGUAUUCGAAUAUGUUUGUAGUUGAACCUCCGCGUUAUUUCCGCGGCAAGCGUGUACUACUUUUGACCAGGGAUUCGCAGCUUCUAGCCGGACAAACUUCCAAAGGGUGUGGUACAAUACCACGUGAGUGCUCUACUCUCGGGGUUGGUUUCCCACUAUCGGUAUGAACUCGUCAUUCGUAAGACACGGAAGACUGUUUUCACAGAUACGGGCGCGCUAUUUCGCAUCGUGCCAUACUCUCUGUUUGAUGCAUUCUGCAUGUACGUGUUCCGGAACCCAACCUGCUGCAGAAAGCAACCAUUACAGCAAGUUGAACGAAAAGCAGAAGUGUAUGGCAGAGCAAGUUAGGUGGGAACCAGGGAGUGUAGUACAGUUCCAGAGAGAGGAACCGCGAAGUGUGAGCCCUUCGGGAACGGGUAAAUCAUCUGAUCACUUUGACAAUAGCUGUCUCUCCCAAGCUUCUCACCCAAGAAGCAAUGUGUUUUGAAGACGGGGCUGUGACUACCUGCAGGAGUCAUAUGAUCUGUCCGGGGUAAAUUGCCCUAAUGCACCUAUGUCGAGAUGACUUAUGUUCAAUAUCAACAGCAACAGCAACUACAUGAUGAAGAUAACGUGUCGUCCGUUAUGUUGAAAAUAGAGUGUUGACAUGACUCAACUUGCAUCCAUGUGACUUGCUUGGUGUGACAUAAUAUGCGCACGUCUCACGACAGUGGCAUCAUUGCUUUUAAGUGUAGUGAGCUGCAGUGUUCAGCUGCUCUGCGAAAACUGAAUUCAGGACUCGCAUUCUGCAGGUGAUGUGUGGAUGUGAUGUUAUGGCCAUGAGUGUCCUUUCUGGUAAUGUACUCGAAUGCGCAUGAAAAUUGAACAUCUGUGUGCUACAUAAUAAAGUACAGGUUUCGCCGAACAG